GGUCGGGCUGGACGCCGAGACGAGGUUCCGGCGGCUGAAGGACCACUGGAUGGCGGAGCAGGCCCGCUGGGAGGAGGACCGCGAGCACUGGGAGGAGGAGCGGCAGCACCUGAAGCGGUCCUUAGAGACGGAGCGCGGCAAGCGGCAGGCGGCCGAGGAGGCCGAGCGCGUGGCGCGCGCCAAGAUCCGCAUCGCCGACGAGGCGACGGACCGCGUGAAGGAGGAGAGCCGGGCCGUCCUCGAGGCGCGCAUGCAGCACGAGGCGGCGAACUACCAGGCACAGGUGCAGAUGCUCAACGACGAGAUCGACGACCUGAACGAGAAGCUUGGUAUCGAGCGGGGUAAGGCCGCCAGAGCCGAGAGGGCGCAGUCCCAGCUCGAGACCCUGAAGCGCAAGCUGGAGGAGAGCCAGGUCUGGAAGCGCGAGCGCGACGAGCUCCAGGACCGGCUCGACCAGCAGGCGGUGUCUGGCCAGGCCGGGGCGGGGGCGCACCUGCAGGACAGGUUGGCCAGCAUGCGGCGCGAGCUGGAAGACGCCGCCCUGCAGAACGAAGUGCUCAAGGGGAGCCUCGACCAGCUGCAGAGAGACAAGGACGCGGCCGUGGAUGAGCUCGGCCGCCGGCGGUCGCAGCUCGGCAGGCGGCACGGGUCCCUCUCCGCGGGCAUUGAGGCGGCCAGCGCAGCGGAGGACGUUGGGAGGCGGCUGGCCCACGAGAUGGAGCAGAAGCCAGGGUUGGGAAGGAGCGCAGAGGACGACCUGCUCGACCGCCUGCUGGUCGAGAAGGGCCGCGCCACGCGCGCGGAGACCACGCUGCAGCUGCGGGAAACCGAGGUCACCGCCCUGCAGGAGAGGCUGCAGAGCGAGUCCGCCCAGCUGAAGGAGCUCCAGCGGGGGGCCCGCGAGGGCGCGGGCCCCGCGGAGGACACGGAGAGGACGCGGGAGCUGCAGGCCUUGCUGGCCCAGAGGGACAGGGAGCUGCAGGUGCACCGAUGGCGGGGCCGGGCCGAGAGCGACUCACUCGCGGCACAGGAAGCGCUCAUGAGCUCGUGCUUCCACGAGAUCGGCCUGCGGUACCACAGACUCCGCGCCCAGCACGAGAUCCUCCAGCGCCGACAGCCCGAGGGGGACAGGCCGGGCUCCCCGCCGGCCGACAGGACCGGGGGGCGGUGACGCCUCGGUGCGGAGAAGAGCGCUGCUGGCACGCCCCGCCUGCUGUUGCUGCCUCCGCGCCCCGCCCAGGA